GACAUACUCUUUUCUAUAGUUAAUAAUAACAUUAACUAUUCUUUUAUAACUUACCAAUACAUUUUGCUAUGAUCAGAAUAGCCCCAAUUAAUAGAGCUACAUCUAUUUACCGAGCUUCUGUUUUCCCAAGCUUGGUAAGAUGCAAAUCUGGGGAAUCUAACGGAAAACGGUAUAUGAGAACAAUCCCUAUUACUACACCAAAGGCUGAUUUCAGCUCUUUGAACUAUAGUAUUGAUGUACCAUCCCCUUCACUGGGAACUGGAUCGAAAUGGGCCAAGCAUUCGUUAUCAAAUCCUGUAGAAAUACCUAAACGUGAAGAAAAGGAAUCAUUCAUCAAUAUCGAUAUUAUUCCUCCCAAGAGAAGAUCUAGAGCCGAUAGAUUCAAGAAUAAAGCUGGAUCUGUUGAAGCUAAGGACACUACAAAAGGUACUAGUGAAGUCUCAACGACCACUCCUACCACGGCUACAAAUGAAACAACUUCCACUUCUCCACCAACCGCCACUGCCGCAGCUGCCGCCGCCACUACCACAACUACAUCUACUGCCAAGCCAGUAACAACUAAAAAGAGAAGAGCACUUAGACCCAGAAAGGCUCUUAUUACACUUACUCCAAGUGCAAUCUCACAUUUAAAGGCACUCUUGGAUCAACCAGAGCCUCAACUCAUUAGAAUUGGUGUGAGAAAUAGAGGUUGUUCUGGAUUGACAUACAAUCUUGAGUACGUAAAUGAAGCAGGAAAGUUUGAUGAACUCAUUGAACAAGAUGGUGUUAAGGUUUUGAUUGAUUCAAAGGCUCUCUUUUCCAUUGUUGGUUCUCAAAUGGACUGGUUGGAUGAUAAAUUGUCAUCUAGAUUCAUCUUCAAGAACCCAAACUCCAAGGGAACUUGUGGAUGUGGGGAAUCAUUUAUGGUUUAAGAUGGCAACUCAUUUGGAACUGUGCUAUAUCUUAACCCCGCAUUCUUUACCUAAUACUUACUGCCUAUGCCUUUGCAUUGAUUGCCUUUGCAACUCUACGAAUUUACGACUUUUUCAUAACAUAUAUAGAAAUCUACAUU